AUGUUCUUCAGGCGUAGGAAAACAACAGGCCUCGCACGAACAGCUUACACUGCUUCCGACACGGAGAUUCCUGGCCACUCGACUGUCCAACCCGCCCAGAGCAAGGAAUCCGCGCAUUUUAUACCUCUCCAUGAAAGUACCAGCGACUCAUUCCGCUUCGAGAACAACCCACCUCAGCGGCAAACCACCGACACCCAUCUUGAGGACGAAUCCAGCAACCGAGAUACUGAGCACGAUGGGGGCUAUGGCACUGUUGCUCUGGAUACGGCGAUGGAUGCGCAGAGGCUUUCUGGAGAAGACCCCAUCCCAUUCUACUUUGGUGACGCACAAAAUGGCAGUCAUUUCACCUUUGAGCUCUGCUUGUCCAACUUCUCGUCAUGUCCCAAAAUCUAUUUCAUUCCCCGCAACAGCACAACCCGAGUGCUGGAACCCGAAGAUCUAGAAUACCUGGAGCGCAAGGGGGCGUUGGCCCUGCCUUCCGACCACAUUUGCGAUCAUUUGCUUCGCUCCUACUUCCAACAUGUGCAGCCGCUCACCCCGAUCUUGGACACCAAGUCCUUUUUGAACCAGUAUCUGUCGAAGGAUCCACAGAAACCAGGCGUCCUCUUGAUGUAUAGCAUCUUUUUUGCCGCAGCAAACUUUGCUGACCCAUCGACCUUGGACACUGCGGGCUUUUCGUCACGGAAGGCACUGAAGAGAGCGAUGUAUCAGCGAGCUAAGGCCUUAUGGGACACCGAAUACGAGGAUGACAAGAUCAGGCUCAUUCAAUCCGCGAUCCUUCUCAGUUUCUGGUAUGCGGAUGCCACGGAUCGUGCAGGGCCGUGGCAUUGGGCGGGCGUGGCGAUCAGCUUGUGUCAAGGCUUGGGCUUCCAUCGUUCCUUGGAGUUGGUUGUGCCAGACUCCCGCAAGAUUCCUGCAUACGGCCGUUUAUUCCGCCGGCUCUGGUGGAGUUGCUUCUUGCGAGACCGUUGGUUGUCCGUUACGCUAGGUCGCCCAAUGCGGAUUCGCCUGGAUGACUGCGAUGUACCUAUGACCACUAUCGAGGACGUUACCCACGAAUGGGCAGACAUCCCUCGUGCCCAAAAAGACACAUACUUUCCAUCUGGCUACCCUCUCCUCGCGGAAUGUUGGGUACAAUUCGUCAAGUUAACUGUCGUCCUCGGCAAGGUCAUAGCCGUGCAUUAUUCCCCCAACAAAUUGCGUCCUGAUCGAGCCGCAUUUCAAAAGUGUGAGGAUGAACUUCGACGGUGCGGUCAAGAGCUGCAUGCGAUCGAAGAACGGCCAGAUUGGGAUUUUCGGCUCUAUCGGCACCAUUUGCACCUAUUUUAUGAGGCUACAACUAUCAUCUUGUAUCGGCGGUAUAUUCGGGCUGUGCCCUGCAAUCUGCCUGCAAAAGACCACGAUUGGUGGCAAACGACAGCACGCCAGAAGUGCCGCUCUGCUGCCGACCGGGCGACAUCGGUGGUCGAAGACCUUCUUGAAUCAGAAAUGGUACACUACUUGAAGCCAAUGAGUACUAGUACCAUUGUAUCAGCUAUGGGAAUCCAUCUUCUGGAUUGGAUGUCGGCACAGAGCACCUUAUCUAAGCGCCUCAGUCACGCCCGGCUGGAGAUAUGUGUUGAGGCACUGUCAAAACUGCGGAGCACCUACUGGGGCGCCACAUAUGCUUGUCUUCUCUUUGAGAAGGCAAAGGCGAGAAUCCUGGAAAAGACGCUCUUGACCCCCGAUUCUAUCGUGGACGAAUCAGCUCCACUGGCAAUAGCUCCAGAAGAGACGGGGGCACCCCAUGAAAGGUGGCCAGACAGUCUUCCACCGUUGGUUUCGACGCCUGACUGGAACGGUCUGAUAGGGAGCCAAGCCAUGGAUAUGGAAUUUCCUAUGGACCUGGGGCUGUUAUUGACCUCUGAAGGUUUACAAGAUCUAUUCUAG